AUGACGAGCAUUCUCCGUGGUGGCAGCUCCAUCCCCCAUUAUGAGGUCUCUCUCCCCUUGCUCACUAUGUACAAGUUUGCCCAGCGAUGGCGUUUGGCCUUCGCAGCCAUCUAUUGCUCCCGAGCCCUCCUCGCUGCCUCUAUUGAUCAGUCACAGCUCGGAACGCUCACUCCUUCCUGCACUUCGAUUUCGAUCCCCGAUGAGGCUCUGACUUUCCAGAUUGAUCAGUCACAGCUCACCAGGCUGGUCAAUGACAAGAACCUCAACUGCCUCAGAGAAUUCGGCGGCAUCAACAGAGUCGCCUCCGCCCUUGAAACUGAUGUCUCUGAUGGAAUUAGCGGUGAACAGGAUGACAUCACUCGCAGGCAAAACACAUUCGGCGUCAACAAAUUCAAGCGGCCCACCGAGGGCUUCUUCCACUUUUUGCUCCAGGCUUUUAAGGACCUCACGCACCUGACUCUUCUUGUUUGCGCUGGGCUUUCGCCCGGGCUUGCGAUCAAGGAGAAGGGGGUCAAGGAAGGCAGCUACAGCGGCGGGAGCCCAAUCUUCGCAGUUUUCUUUGUGAUCAUGGUGUCCGCUGUGAGCAAAUACCACCAGAACCGGCAGUUCCAUAAAUUGCGUGGGGCUAGCGCUAAUAUUCUCAUCCAUGUGAUAAGAAAGGGUCGGCAGCAGCAAGUGUCCAGAUCCAAGAUAGUCGUCGGAGAUGUCAUUUGUCUGAAGAUCGGCGAUCAAGUCCCGGCAGACGGUCUGUUCAUAGGCGGCCAUUCCUUGCAGGUUGACGAAUCAAUCAUGACCGGGGAGAGUGAUCCCAUAGAAGUGAACAGCAUUGAGAAUCCAUUCCUGUUCUCCAGAACAAAGGUCGCUCAUGGGGAUGCUCGGAUGCUGGUCACAUCGGUCGGGAUGAACACAAUGUGGGGCGAGAUGAUGAGUUCAAUCAACCGUUGCAGCAGCGAGCAGACCCCUUUACAGGCUCAGCUCAACAAGCUCACCUCGUCGAUUAGCAAAGUUGGCUUGGCAGUCAAUUUUCUGGUUCUUGUGGACCUGUUAAUUCGCUACUUCACGGGAACAAAGCAGGAUGAGAAAAGGAAACCGGGAGUCGUUCAAGGCCAAAAAAUGGAUGACAAUAUCAUAAAAUCCGUGGGGAACAUCAUAGAAACCACAGUGACAGUCGUGGGGGUCGCAAUUCCUGAAGGCUUGCCGCUUGCGGUAACUCUCACUCUUGCUUAUUCGAUGAAGAGGAUGAUGGCGGAUCAGGUGAUGGUGAGGAAGCUUUGGGCCUUUGAGAAGAUGGCGUUGGCCACCACUAUUUGCACUGACAAGACCGGCACUCUGACGAACCAAAUGGAGGUGACGAAAUUCUGUGUCGGCCAAGACUCCGUGGCAGAAAACACGUACUACUCUGCCUCCAAGUAUGUCCUGGAUCUUAUUCAGGAUGGGGUCGCUUUGAACACCGCAGGCAGCGUCUACAAGCCAACAUCAGGACCGAAGUACAAUUUCUCCGGUAGUCCCAUCGAGAAAGCGAUUCUUUCCUGGGCAGUUUCGCAGUUGAGCAUGGACACGGAGGAGACAAAGAAGAGAUGUAAAGUUAUCCAAGUCGAAGCCUUCAAUUCGCAGAACAAAAGAAGCGGUGUCCUAAUAAAGAAGAGCGGGGACGACAAAUUCCAUGUGCACUGGAAAGGAGCGGCAGAGAUGGUCUUGGCGAUGUGCUCGUGCUUCUACGAUGGGUCGGGGAUAGAGAGAGAUCUGGACGAAGAUAAAAGGGCAAGAUGCGAGCAGAUUAUUCAGGGGAUGGCAGAAAGCAGCCUCACUUGCAUCGCUUUUGCUCAUAAACAAGUCCCCGAGGAAGCGGCCAAAGAAAGAGAAGAUGGGAAGAAGAUCCAAGAGGACGGCCUGACAUUACUAGGACUUGUUGGUAUUAACAACCUGUGUCGUCCCGACGUGAAGAGCGCGGUCCAAGCUUGUCAGGAGGCGGGAGUAAACAUUAAGAUGAUAACAGGAGACAACAUCAUCACUGCUAAGGCCAUUGCCGUGGAGUGCGGGAUUCUCAAGCCCGGGGACGACAACGAGACUAUCAUGGAAGGAGAUAAGUUCCGCAGCUACACGCCUGAGGAGAGGCUUUUGAGAGUCGAGAAAAUCCGGGUCAUAGCCAGAUCUUUGCCUUCUGAUAAGCUCCUCAUGGUUGAAUGCCUGAAGCAGAAAGGCCAUGUGGUCGCCAUCACGGGGGAUGGCACGAACGAUGCACUGGCCCUCAAGAAAGCCGACAUCGGGAUCUCAAUGGGCAUCCAAGAAACUGAGUUCACCGAAGAGAGCUCGGACAUCAUCAUCCUCAAUGGCAACUUCGCCUCCGUGGCGAAGUUGUUGCAGUGGAGUCGAUGCGUCUACGAUAACAUCCAGAAGUUCAUUCAGUUCCAGCUCACGGUAAAUGUCGCCGGCCUUCUAUUCAACUUCGUGGCCGUGGUCUCCUCCGGUGACGUCCCUUUGACGGCCAUCCAGCUCAUAUGGGUGAACCUGAUCAUGGACAUACUUGGCGCCUUUGCCCUGUCCACAGAGCGGCCCACCAAGGAGCUCAUGGAAAAGCCCCCCGUGGGCCUAACGGAGCCGCUCAUCACCAACGUCAUGUGGGGGAAUCUGGUGGGACAAGCAAUUUACCAAGUGGCCAUCCUCCUGACUCUACAAUUCAAGGGCAAAUCGAUUUUCGGCGUGGAUAAGGCAAUGAAGCGGACGUUGAUGUUCAACACGUUCGUGCUGUGCCAAGUCUUCAAUGAGUUCAAUGCGAGGAAGCUCAAGAAGAAGAACGUGUUCGGGGGCAUACACAAGAACAAGCUGUUCCUCGGGAUCAUCUUUGUGACGAUGGUCCUCCAAGUGGUGAUGGUCGAGUUCCUAAAGCGGUUCGCCGGCACGGAGCGGUUGAGCUGGGGACAAUGGGGCACAUGUCUCGGGAUCGCAGCCGUGUCUUGGCCAAUCGGUUGGGUCGUCAAGUGCAUCCCGAUCCCUGAUACGCCAAUCUUUAGCUACUUGGGAUCGAAAAGCAAGAAGCUCGUGAGGAAAAUCGUGCACAGACAAUACUUUAUUGGGUUUAGGAACCAUAAUCGGAUUUAA